AGUCCCUGUGUAAUUAGAUUGAGAACUCUGUAAUCUCUUUAUUCAACUUAAAGUAAUGGAAAGUUAUAAAUAUAAGAGUUUGUCUUCUACUAACAACCAUUAUGGAUUUUAUUUGAUGUUUGGACUUAUAACAUACUUUAUUUGGUGUGAUUUAAAUUUUUUUGGAGAGCUAAGUGCUGAACAAGAGCUUGGUUUUAAUUUGGCAAACAUAACUCAAAAUUUUCCGUCAAUAAGCAUUAAGUUAAGAAUGCAAGAUCAUUUUGCACAUUAUGUUUAUCUUCCUUUUUGUCAAUGGGUUGAAGAUACAUUUAAAAUAUCAAAGGUACCUGGUAUUACUCCUAAUGUCAUUACAGCUGUUCAUUUUACUUUAGCAUUUUGUGCUGCAAGAGUGUUAGCCUAUCCUGAAGUUUUUUUUUCAAAGUUGGCUGCUAUAAUAUAUGAAGUUAGAACAAUGCUGGACACCAUGGAUGGUGUGGUUUAUAGAGCACAAUCUUCUUUGAAUACAUAUGUUUCAGGAUGGGGAUCUUAUGGGUUUAUUAUAGACGGAAUAGCAGACACAGUUGGAGGAAUUUUUUUAACAAUUGCUUUAAUUUACAAGUUUAACAAAAACCCACCAUUUCAAAAUUUUGAUGAUAUAUCGCUCAUGCGAAAAAAACAUAAUUUUGAUCAAGAGAGUUCUAAAUCACUAUUAACUUCUGAUGAAUCUAUUUCAAAGGAAAAUGAGGACCUAUAUGGUCUUGUACGAUAUUCAAAAAAAACUGUAAAUUUUACGAUAAUCUUUUUUACCAUACUAGUAAUUAUACGCAGCAGCCUAUGGGAUUAUUUUAAUCACAAUUAUCAUAAUUUGUUUGCUCUUCGUAGACAGGAUAUCCCUUUAGAAAAGCAAUGGGAAGUACUUGGCUAUAAAAGCACAUGGUUUUCUUUAUGGCUAUGGAAAACAACAAGUGCAGAUGCCUUCAUGCAUUUCACUCUUAUAUCAAUAUUGUUUAAUAAGCUAUGGGAAUGGCUUCGUUUCAAUAUGUAUGCUUCUAUUAUACACAUAACUUGUGUAUCAAUGAUAUGCCAAGUGCAUCUCAUGCAUGUUAGGUCUGUUCUUGGCGUAUCGGCGUAAUGCUAUCCAAUGUUUGGAAUGUUGUUUGUAGGCUUUCUUAUGCCUUUACUGGGAGUAACUUUUCCUGACCGUUUUUACUUCAGCACUUUUUAGCACACCGUUACAUACAGUGCUAGACCCAGUAUUUUUUUUAUAUUUGCAGUAUAUUUACUUAAUAACCAGUAAGUGACAACCAUGAUUCUUAAUCACUUACAAAAACAAUUUUAGUUCCUGUAUAUCUUUUUAACGUUGCAGAAAUAUUUUUUGACGAACACUUA